GAACUCAUCAUCACUGUAAAAUAAGAUUACCAAUUGUGAAGAGCUUGUCAUCAAAUAAUGGGGUUCUUAACACUUCAUCAGCUUGCUUUUGUGUUUGGUCUUUUGGGUAACAUUGUGUCAUUCUUGGUUUUCCUGGCGCCGGUGCCAACUUUCUAUACAAUAUGGAAGAAGAAAACAUCUGAAGGGUUUCAAUCUCUACCUUAUGUAAUUGCACUUUGCAGUGCAAUGUUGCUGUUGUACUAUGGUUUUAUCAAGGAAAGGGCAUUUUUAAUCAUCAGCAUUAACAGCAUUGGUUGUGCUAUAGAAGUCACCUAUCUCAUAUUCUACAUCAUUUAUGCACCUAGGAGGCAGAAGAUUUUUACAAUGAAGUUGAUACUCUUCUUUAACAUAGGAUCGUAUGCCUCAAUGAUGAUACUCAUCAAUUUACUCUUAGAUGGUCCUAAGCGUGUAGCUGCCAUUGGAUGGACCUGUGCAGCUUUUAACAUUGGCGUUUUUGCUGCUCCUCUGAGCGUCAUGAGGAAUGUCAUAAGGACUAAAAGUGUGGAAUACAUGCCAUUUACGCUCUCCUUUUUCCUCACCCUUUGUGCAACCAUGUGGUUCUUCUAUGGACUUUUUGUCAGGGAUUUAUUUAUUGCAGCACCAAAUGUCUUGGGGUUUUCAUUUGGAGUAGCUCAAAUGACCCUAUACGUCAUAUACAAGAAUGUUAGCAAAGAUGUAGCGACAAAAACAAUGCAACCAAAGGAGGGUGCAGAUGUUCAACUGAGGUCAAUGGAAAUGGGUGUUUAUCAACAAGAAAUCAAGGAUAACAAACUUGUUAUCAACAACAAACCGACCGAAUCAAAUCAGAACAAUAUUGUCUAAGCAAGGAUACAAGACACCAACAGUGAUUCAACCAAAGAUGCUAACAAAUCAAAAUAAUGUUUCUGGUUUUCUUGAAUGAUUGUAUGUAUCUUCAAGAAAACCCAAAUUAGUUUCAUUUUUGGUGGUGAAUUAAGACACUAGACGUCUAAAUAAAUGUCUCUUCAUUCCAUAUCCACCAUUGUAAUAAAGUAAUAAACAUCCAAAUAUUCU